AUGCCCGAAACCUGCUCAGCGCCGUCUGGGCAGAAGCCCUUCUCCUUUGGCAUCGAUCCCUGGACCCUCGCCUAUGUCAUUGUGCCGGCCAUAGCCUUAGCCCCGAUAGCAGCCUUUAUUAUGUUCCCCCUCAUUAUGAGAGGACUCGGGUCCCUCUUGGGAUUAUACCUGCGGAAGAAAACAGAGGGAAGGAGAGCUCAGCUCUUGGAGCUCAUGAACGCAGAGCAGCAGUCCUUCAAGCAAGCAUCCAAGAAGGGUGCGGCAAGCAGCAAGAAAAAUGUGCAGGCACAAGCUUCAGGAAGCUCUGAGAAGAAUGACGCAGGCUGGGCCGGAGUCGUUGGCUUCUUCCAUCCUUUCUGCAAUGCCGGUGGGGGUGGAGAGCGAGUCCUCUGGGCUGCAAUCAAAACCACCCAGGAGCGCUAUCCAAACGCACUCUGCGUUGUCUAUACUGGUGAUCAUGAAGUAAACAAGCAGGCCAUGCUUGCGCGCGUCAAGACGCGGUUCAACAUCGACCUGCACCCUCCUUCUGUCAACUUUCUCUACCUGAGCACGCGACACCUUGUGCUGGCCUCAACAUGGCCUCACUUUACACUUCUUGGACAGUCGCUUGGAUCUGUGGUUUUGGCUUGGGAUGCCUUCCAGCUCCUGGUCCCAGACAUCUUUAUUGACACCAUGGGCUAUGCCUUCUCCCUGGGUCUGUCCAAGCUUCUCUUCCGGAGAGUCCCUACUUGUGCCUAUGUGCACUAUCCCACUAUCUCAACCGACAUGUUGGAGUCGCUUGACCCCAAGUCCACAACCGGAACACAGGGCGUCAAUGCUGGCAAGGGCGUUGGUAUCCGUGGCAAGGUCAAGAAGUUUUACUGGAAGAUGUUUGCAGCCCUUUACUCUCGGGUUGGGUCCACUGUGGAUGUGGUCAUGACGAACUCGACCUGGACCCAGGGCCAUGUCCAGAGACUCUGGGGCCCUUACCGUCAGGCUAAGGCUAGAAACUACCCCAUCGCCGUCAACUACCCGCCUUGCGCCGUCGAGGAGCUUGAAGAGGCCGUCGAGGUCUCCGAGGCCAGCGAGAAGAAGCGCGAGAAGGCACUGGUCUACAUCGCUCAGUUCCGCCCCGAGAAAAACCACACUCUCAUCAUCCAGUCUUUCGCCGAGUUCCUCAAUACCAAGUCCGAAGCCGCAAAGGAUGCGAAGCUUGUUCUCAUUGGUAGCGUCAGAGAUGAUCACGACUCGAAGAGGGUGUAUACGUUGCGCCUUUUGGUUAACGAACUCGGCAUUAAGGACAGAGUCGAGUUCCAUCUGGACGCUUCGUGGCCCGAGAUCCUCGACUGGCUGCAGAGAGCCUCGGUGGGUGUCAACGGCAUGUGGAACGAGCACUUUGGCAUUGGCGUGGUCGAGUACCAGGCCGCCGGCCUGAUCUCUGUCGUCCACGAUAGCGGUGGUCCCAAGCUCGACAUCGUCAUCAAGAUUGACGGUGAGCCGACGGGUUUCCACGCCACGAAUGUCACGGAGUUCGCCGAGGGCUACGAAAAGGCUCUUUCCAUCAAGGAUGCGCUCCCCGUCCGUCUGCGGGCGCGCCAGUCGGCUAAGCGAUUCACCGAGAGUGAAUUCGACCAAAAAUGGAUUGCCCAGAUGGAGAAGCUGGUAGCCCUGACGGCCUAG